GGUGGGGGACAGGCAGGGUCCAGAUGUUGGGAGCAGGGACCUUGUGGUCAAGACACCCCAGGCUCUGCUGCCCCUUGGUCAAUGUCUUCUUCUCCCUCCUCACCCUCCCAACCUACAAGAGGAUGAUUUUCCCAGGCGGCUCAGCGAGAGUAUGGAGGACCUCAGCCUGGAUUUGGGGGCACUUCAGGGCAGGGAGUAUCUGCAGGACCUGGGCCUUGGGGCCCCUUCCCACAACCAGCCUGGGGAGACCCCAGACAGCCACCUCACCGGUGAAGAACUAGGAAGGGAUUCUCUUUUCUCCAGCUUGGCAGGGUCCCAAGACCGGUCAAGGCGGCGCAGCUGGGAGAGGUCACGGAGCUGCUCAGAGAGAUGGCAGAGGCUCAGCCUCGAUGCCUCAACUGUGGAUGAGGAACCCUGUCUCCCCCGAACACUGGCCAGCCUUGCUUUGAACCUGCCAGGAGGAGGGCUGAAGACCUGGACUCAAGGGUGUCUGUCUGGGGGCGGGACCCCUGCAGAGACCCCAGGCAAAGAAUGGGACAGCCCCAAGAAAAGAGUGAGGUCAAGGUCUGUUCCUGUGUCCUUCUAUGAGAUCCGCCCUCCGGAAAUCUCUCCGGUUUUGGAAGUGCCCACUCCACCUGUUCAAGGCCUGGAACCUCCAGUGCUGGAGUGCAUGGAAAAAGACCACGUGGAACCAGAUCACGUGUGA